AUGACCGAUCGGGAAGUGAAUUUAUCAGACGUUCUUCGGCAAGCAUGGACUUUGGAUGACGCAAACGACACCAACGUGGCGACUCCAAAUAAGAACAAUUCGAGUCCGAAACCGAAUUCGCAAAUCAAACGGCAGACGAAGGAAAAUGCUAGUGUGCUCAUCACGCCCGAGUAUACUCCACCAGCUUCAAACGUGUCGGAGCUACAGCCGCCGAAAUUGUUCACGCCCGUCGUUCAACAUCAUUUCCCGCAACCGCACGGUUUCCGAAUGCAAAACCUACCAACGUAUCGGAAUAUGAGCUUCUUCUACGGAAAAUUGCAACCAGCUCCUCCCGCCACCGUUGUGACACCAACAUUCAUCAACGGAUUUGCGCGCGCCGCCCCAACGACAAAUUGUCCGGAGAAAGGACUCGCGUUUAAUCGGACCCCGACGACGGCGUCGGCGACAAUCGGCGGCGGUCACGACAACGACGCGUUCCCCGAAAACUUUUUGGAGGAACAUGAUUUUGACGAACGCCCGAAAAUGGCGCCGGCGGCGGCGGACCCAAAUGCAUCAUCAUCGGCGACGACGAAAUCGCGCGGCGUCGGCAUUGGCGAAGUGUUGGACGAGUUUUUCGUGCGACGCCGACGACGCAAUGGCGACGAGAACGCAUCGGCGGCGAAAAACGACGAUAGCGAUGAUGGGUGUGGAAGCGAUGGCGAUGGCAUAGAGAAGCACGCGACGGAGGCGUCUGGCGAUGGCGACGAGACGCAGACGCUGGGAAGCGGCGCGCAGAAAUCGACGAGCUCCAUGUUUUAUCAGCCGCAACCGCAGCAGGCGGCGGCGCAUCACGCGCGGAAUACACCGCCGCCGGGAUAUCCGCAGGUAGUAGUAGUAGGAUUCAUGCGACCGCAUGAAGAGGAGACGAGGCAGAUUAUGAAUUUGGACAAUCAGCAGGCGCACAAUUCGUCGCCGACAUCGUCAUGGAACUCACAUCCCCAACAAUAUGCUCAAAUGUCGCCGAUGAACGCUUAUCCGCCACGCGGACCGCCAAUGUAUGCGCCACCGCCGCCGCCACAAAUGCACCAUCAUCAUCAGGGCGGCGCGCCGCAACCGCCGCCAACGUCGAAUCCCUAUUAUCAGCCUCAUAUGCCGCAGGCGCCUAUGAUGCCGCCGGGAAUGCACGGCCAACCGCAACAGCAGCAACCGUAUUAUAGUACACAAUCGCCGUUGACUGGCACACCGCCUACAAUGAACUAUGGGAAUACGCCGAUGCCGAUUCCGACCACCAAUGGUAAUGGGCCGGUGUUCUCUUUCACCAAACCGAGGGCUAGCGAGUCGAAUGCGACGAAUCGGCGGAAAAAGAACCACAAUAAUAAUGAGAUGUGUAAUUUUGCUAUUUUCAAGGGAAACUCGCGUUUGGAAGAUGGCGAUGCGGCGGUGUUUCCCGAUAUGAACGAUUUUCCGCUAUUGGAUGCGAUUCAGUCGAAAGCCAAGAAGGAAGCUGGUAGAAAACCGUGCCGACCGCAUUUAUGCGAGCAAUCGAGAAUGCUCAUUUCGCGAGUGGCUCAUUUCAAUCGCGAAUUUGUCAAACGAACCGAGCUGAAUGGUGAUUCUUGUAGACUCCCAUCUCGCCAUCCGCUCGCCAACUCGCCAAUGUCGCGGCCCGAUCAGUGGACGUCGGCGAUAAUGGGAAUCUCGUUGGCGACGGUGCGAAAGUGCCUUGAUAUGGCCACCGAGGAGGAGGUGUUCACGAGAUGCACCGAUAAGAAUUUGGUCAAUUUGACGCCUGCCGAACGCGUUGAGCGUGACGAGUUGCUCGCGAAGCUGUCGACGGUUUUUGAGGACGAGAAGGCGCUGGGAGCGGGCACAGCGAAUCUGACGAUUGCGGAAUACUCGCCAAGACGAUCCUACUCGAACUCGCAUGUCUCGCGGCAACCCGUCGAGGAUAAGACGAACACCAUGAUAUACAUGCCGAAUGGCGACAAUAGCAAUGAGACGACGUUGCUGAAUCUCGAUGAGCAUUCGAAUUCGAGCAAAGGAAUUGCGACGCCGACGCCGAACGCCGAAUCGGCGCCGGAAAUUGAGACUGAGCCGAUAAUUAUUGAGCAAGCGAAGGUUGAGGAGCUGAAGCAGCCAUCGCCGAAAAUUGGAGCUGACACGCCGAGAGUUCGCGGAAGGCCGAAGAAGGUCAUGGAAAUGAAGAAGAAGAGAGCGUCGGUGGAAGCUAGCGAGACGCUGGAAGAUAAGGAUGAGCAUGAAAAAAAGACUGAGGAUGAGAACGAAACGACUGAUGAAAGCGAGAAGAACAAACCGGCGAUUGAGGAGCAAGAGGAGCGAGAGGAUGACGCCGCGUCGAGCGAGGGCACGAAUCGCAGUGAGACGGCGACGCCUGAGCCGAACUCGGUGGCGUCAUCCAACGCCGCUGUUGCUGCGGCGACGACGACGGCGAACGCGGUGACCGCGAGCGGACGACCGCGGCGUGGAAAGAAGCGAACGAUUGAGAAUGAGGAGAACGUGGGAAGUGGACGAAAGAAGCGGGCGGUGAACAACAACGCGAAGAACGCGAUGGAAGAUGAUGAGAAUGAGCACAAAAUGGUGACGAGGUGA